UAAAAUAGUAACUGAAUCUAGUAGAUUAAUCUACAAAUUCAACCUGGUUAGUUUCAGAGAACUAACUUCCGGGCCGCUGUUUAUAUUUAGUUCAAAAACAAAUAUGGAUACUAGAGAACCAAUAAAUAUGCUCAUUGCCGGAGAGAAUAACAUUAACCAGACGUUAGGAAGUGACACUGAGAGUUCUCCCUGUACACAAGAAAGUUACAACGACAGCUUUCAGAAGGCAUCAGAUUUUUUAUCAAAAAUAUAUUCAUCUCAUGAUGCAGAGUUUUCCGAACAAAAUCCCGUCAAUGAUGUCUUUGAAUUUGCAAAUGUGCAAAGCAAAAUGCGAUUGCUCUCUAAUGAAAAUCAGACUCCAGGGCAUAUUUCGGAUAAUUUUACUAUAGAACAUCUAAUAUCAACAACCCUCAAUGAAAGAAAAAGAUUUCUAUCGCAUAACGAGCAUUAUUGCGACUCACCAAUACCAAAGCGAUCAUACAUGGAGAUUUCAACGAACAAUGUUGAUGAAUCAGUUUACAUCUCAGAAAACAAUGUUUGGACAAAUACAAAUGGCAUAGUUUCUUACGAAAAUACAUGUUCAGAUUAUUAUGAAAACAAUCCCACAUCUGAUCAAGCUAAAGUUUUCUCUAGCUUGUCAAAUAUGAACGAAUCACCUCACACAGCUGAAGAGAACAAUUUCAAGUCAACGUCUCCGGACAAAAUAUUUUGUACUUUAAAUCAUUCAGUCGAUAACGCACAUACUGAUUUCCAUCGACUAGAAACUUUCGGGGGUCUUUAUUUGGACAGUGAAGAUAUGACGAUCCCAAACCCACACACAACGGAAACUUCAAAUAUCAAUAUGUACGGUCAUUCAGACGCGCUAAGUAUUCGCCAACCAGACAAUUCAUCAGAAUUAUUUCAUCAAUACAGUGCAGGAAAUUAUAAUAGUCACAACUACGAACUAGACAAGGAAGACACACAAUUUAACGAACAAUCGCCCACUCCCAAAUUCGCUGAAUUACAGGCGCAUCUUCCUACAGUGGAUUGUUAUUCACACCAGCCACACCCUCACAAUUCCCACACACAACAUGGUCCUAAUAUAUAUUCUGGCAUUGACAAUAUUCAAUAUGACGUCAAUGGAGUUCCCACCCUACCUAAUAACAUGGGGACGUCAUAUAACGAGGACUCCUGGAACUGCUCAAACUUGCCAGUUCAGCAACCUUAUUUCGUUCAAGAAACUAACAACGAUUCUUGUUCUAACUUUGAAUCCAACUAUAAAACUCACUUCAAUCAAUAUUGUAACGAUGCAAACUAUAACACGGAGACGAUGCCAAACGAUAUGUACAGAUUUUAUGAAAAUUCAAAUGACUAUGCCGCCAAUCUUACGGCGCUUUCAGAGGCUCACACAAUGAUGUCAACAAAUCAAAGAACUGAAGAUGAAGACGAUGACGUAAUCUUAGUUUCAGAAUCUCCUGCUACGUCUCAAUGCGCAUCACAACAAUUGCAUUAUACUAGUCAAAACAUUAUGGUUGGAAAUUCACAUCGGAUGAAAUUUUACAACAACGAACACGUUCCAGCAGGUCUUCCGAAGUUGAAAGAAUAUUCCAGCUCAAUUCAACUCGAACUUUUGAGUCAUGAACUCUGGCAGAAAUUUCACGAAAUCGGUACGGAGAUGAUAAUCACGAAGGCUGGAAGACGUAUGUUUCCAACAUUAAAAAUCAAUAUUACUGGCCUUCAUCCACAAAGAAAAUACAUAAUGGCUGUGGAUGUAUUACCGAUUGAUAACAAAAGAUAUAGAUAUGCUUAUACAAGUUCCCAAUGGAUUGCAGCUGGAAACGUUACUUCGGAUGUUCCAAAACGUACUUACGUUCACCCAGAAUCACCCGCUACAGGAGAAACAUGGAUGAAACAAACAGUCGUUUUUGAUAAAAUGAAGCUGACAAACAACGAAGGAAACGAAAAAGGACAUAUCAUUUUACAUUCAAUGCACAAAUACCAACCUCGCAUACAUUUGAUUGAGUGUGAAGGAAAUGGAGUGCGUGAAUGUGAAACGGUAAUUCUCACGCAAAGCGUAGACACAUCGCAGGAAAACGUGAUCACGUUUGUAUUUGCCGAGACACAGUUUACCACUGUUACAGCUUACCAGAAUCAACAAAUAACGAAAUUAAAAAUUGAUAAAAAUCCUUUUGCAAAAGGUUUCAGAGAUACGAGCAGAAGCUGUAAGGCGCAGGAUACUGAUAAAGCAUCUGGCAUCACACAAUCGUGUUCGUUGUUUAGACAGCCGCCUCCUCCAGUUGUUACUAUCGGUCCAAAUCAUGAUUUUACGAACGGAACGCGGAAUUUUCAACUAGAAAAUGUGAAUCAAACUCAACCUAUGCAAGCACAAUAUCAAGCUAUGGCUCACUUUCGACCAACAUCUACAAUGGAGCAACUUCAGCAAAACGAAAUGUCAGGACUCGUGAAUUGGGCCCUAUAGUUACAUUAAUAUGAGAUGUCCAAAUUAACAUAAUAUAAUAAGGCGA